UGAUGGAUCCUCUCUUCCCAGCUGUCUUCUAUAACACCACAGCUCUUUCACUCCCUCUCUUCGCACUUUCAUAUCAUCUCUCUCUCUCUGCAUCUCCAUUUUGCUAAGCUCACGAAAAGGAUAUGAAUAAAAAUGAGCCCUAAGAUAUGGAGAUCUGCUUCUAGAGCUGCACAGUCUCUCCUCUCUUCAGCCUCUAAAAGCUCUCGCUUUUACUCUGAAGGGAGAGCUGUCACAGCAGCAGUUUCAUUCAGUGGGAAGUUGCCUUUCAUAGCUUCGGCUCAUGGAAGGACUGGUUCUUCAAAUUCGGCUAGGCAAUGGAUUUCAGGGGCUCUUGCAUUUCCUGCCGCAGUAUAUAUGCUCCAAGAACAGGAGGCACAUGCUGCUCAGAUGGAGCAAACUUUCAUUGCCAUCAAGCCUGAUGGAGUGCAGAGAGGGCUGAUUUCUGAAAUCAUUUCUCGUUUUGAGCGAAAAGGUUUUAAACUCGUAGCAAUUAAAGUGGUGGUUCCUUCUAAGGAACAUGCUCAGAAACAUUAUCAUGAUCUGAAGGAAAGACCGUUCUUUAAUGGUCUUUGUGACUUCCUUAGCUCUGGACCUGUUGUUGCCAUGGUAUGGGAAGGAGAAGGGGUGAUCAAAUAUGGUAGGAAACUUAUUGGAGCAACGGAUCCUCAGAAAUCAGAACCAGGGACUAUCAGGGGUGAUCUAGCCGUUGCUAUUGGAGGAAAUGUCAUUCACGGAAGUGAUGGACCCGAGACCGCCAAGGAUGAGAUUAACUUAUGGUUCAAACCAGAGGAAGUGGUUAGCUACACUAGCAAUGCUGAGAAGUGGAUCUAUGGAGUGAACUGAUGAAUGUUUUUUGUUUUAGCAUCUCUCUUCUGGGAUCUAGGUCCCUAAUAAAGAGUGGGAUGGACAUAAUUGUUAGAAUAAAUCAUUUCGUGUUGAGAGGCGAGUGACAAGAUUCCUUAGCUACGAAUUACUGGCAAUGUGAAAUUUGAUCAUUAAUGCAUUCCACCUCAUUGCUAAUCAUGGAA